AACUCGACCUACAUCUUAAUGAACAGAGAGAUUGUAGAUGAAUAGACUCCGCCUCUUCUAUGUGUGUGGAGACAGACAAAAUGACCGAAAAUCAAAAACAGAAUGUUUAGUUACGACCAGAUAGAUUUUGGACUGACUGAGGAGAUGGCACCAUACUUGAUACUUAUUCUCGUACUUUGCUUGCUGGCAGCUCCGGUGUCUACUCCUCACAUCAGGAACCUCACAGUUUACCAGUCAGUCCAUCGAAGUAAGAGCUGUUCAGUGGUGUGUUUUGUGGACAACCGGAGAGAGGUGACCCUGUCCUGGUACAGAGGAGAGGAGAGACUGACCAAGGCUAGCUUCCCCGACCUCUCCUCCGCCAACCUGUCUCUCCCUCUGGAGAUAAAGCUACAGGACAAAGAUAUCUACAGCUGUGUGGCUGCCAACCCAGUCAGCAACCAGACAACCAAACUCAACGUCGAGGAGCACUGUCCUCAGUAUGUAGGUCUGAAGGCGGAAGUGAAGCCACCGAGAGGGAGAGAAGGGCAGACUGUCACGCUACACACUGGACUUGCCAAACUACAGAGUGACGCAAAGAUAUUUUGGAUAUUUGGACCAGUCAGUCGAGAGAUAGUCAUUGUUGAGAGUCAGGUCUUCAGAGGAGAAGUUAUAACUGAGUACAAAGGGAGAUUCCAAGGCCGACUGCAGCUGGACAGACAAACUGGAUCUCUCACCAUCAGAAAUCUCACCCUCGACGACUCUGGAGUUUAUCAGCUUCAAGUCGUCAGUGAACAGGUCACCUACCACAAUUUCAGUGUCACAGUCUACGCUUCAGUGCCUACUCCUAACAUCAGAAACACCCCACAUAAUCCCUCAGUAGACAGUCAGUUGGUCAGUGGGAGCUGUUCCGUGGUGUGUUCUGUGGAGAACGGGAAAGAGGUAACCUUGUCCUGGUACAGAGGAGAGGAGAAACUGAACAAUACAAGUAGUCCCCAUCAGGCCGACCUGUCGCUCCCUCUGGAAAUUAAAGGAAAAAACAGUGACACCUACAGCUGUGUAGCAACCAACCCUGUCAGUAACCAGACAACCAAACUCAGCAUUGAGGAGCACUGUCGGCAACAUGCAGACUCCAGUGACUGUGCCCGGUGCAUCACCCUGACUGAGUUGGCGGUGCGAUCAGUCCUGUCUGCCCUGGUGGCUGUGGCCACGAUGGCUCUGCUGGUUCAUCACUUCUGGCACAGACGAAACCCUUGGACUCAGACCUGACUCUCUGGGGUAUCACUAUUUCAAAAACUGUCCAUGGUUUUGCGUGGACUUGAACAGUGUCGUGAUAUUGUCCUUUACAUGACAUGACAAAUGUCAGGACAUAAUGAGAAGAAAAAAACGAACACCCUUCCCUUUCAUGAACUAACACUUGUACUUGUCUUUUCUUACUAGUACUGACUUUGCUGAUAGCCUCAUGAGGAAAAUGUUUUGAUUACUAUGACUGUGAUAUGUUACGUCUUUCUUAGCUACCUUAAGAUAAACGCACAAACUGUAAGUCGCUCUGGAUAAGAGCGUCUGCGAAAUUACUCAAAUGCAUAUGGAAAAGUAACUAUGUAUUGGAAACAGUUUUAUAACUUAACAAGUUGUUUCCACUUGCCCACUAAUGCCAAUUGCUAUAGCAAAAGCAUAAGGAUACCUGUCCAGACUACAUAACUUUGUCAUAACCAUGAAAAGUGUCAUAGUGUUUGUUGGUGGGCUUUUUUGUUUUGUUUUAGGAAGGGUGGACAUUGCUCUCCGUGUCAUAAUGCUAUCACAGUGCCAUUGGUGCUUUCACUCAUGGAGAUCACGUGUCAGACACAUAACAGCACUUUAACAGGGGCCUGUUAAGACUUAGAAUAACUAUAUUUUUUUCAGCAGGAAUCAAUCUUGUCAGGUACUAACAAGGACAUUGAAUCAACAGUUUGUUGUAUGUUCAAAUAUGUAAAAAUAUUAUAUUACAUAUCAAUUAUUAAAAUCAAAACAUUCUCUGCAUUUGUAUUUUGGCACACUGUUAGGCUAGUUAGCUCCCUGAGCAGAGCUCCUGGAGCUGUGCAGCAAUAGUGCUUUUCUGUGGUGAUGACAACCAUAAUCUUUUUGUUGUGCAAUCUGGAGAUUGUUAUGAGUUUGAAAUAGUGUCUAGUGCCUACACUCUUAGCUGAAAAAAAAUGAUAUCUAGAA